AUGGGGGAUGGACUAUCAGACCAGAUUUCCAUCCUGUCCAGCCUGCCUUCAUUUCAGUCCUUCCACAUUGCUAUUCUGGGUUUGGACUGGGCUGGAAAGACAACUGUCUUAUACAGACUACAGUUCAAUGAAUUUGUAGAUACUGUACCUACCAAAGGAUUUAAUGCUGAGAAAAUUAAAGUAACCCUGGGAAAUUCUAAAACAGUCACUUUUCACUUCUGGGAUGUAGGUGGUCAGGAGAAAUUACGGCCACUGUGGAAGUUAUACACCAGAUGCACAGAUGGCAUUGUAUUUGUUGUGGACUCUGCUGAUGUCGAACGGAUGGAAGAAGCCAAAACUGAACUUCACAAAAUAACUAGGAUAUCAGAAAAUCAAGGAGUCCCUGUGCUUAUAGUUGCUAACAAACAAGACUUGAGGAACUCAUUGUCUCUUUCAGAAAUUGAGAAAUUGUUAGCAGUGGGUGAACUGAGUUCAUCAACUCCGUGGCAUUUGCAGUCUAACUGUGCAAACAAAGGAGAUGGCCUAAAGGAAGGGCUUGAGAAACUACAUGGUAUGAUCGUUCAAAGAAGAAAAAUGUUGCGGCAACAGAAAAAGAAAAGAUGA